AUGGGAGUUGUAGUCCAGAACCAUCUGGAAGGUAGCCGGUUGAGGAAGGCUGACCGUGUUGCUUUUGUGCGUGUUGCCUGCGAGAAAAAGUUGUCGGCAAACGCUUCCUGUUGCCGCAGAGACUUUGCAAACGGUCCCUUGGAAAGCGCCAAGCCCAGCCUUCGGGAAGGAGGGGGGUGCCGAAGACUUCCUAGGCCGGCGUUCUCCAGAUUCUCCCUGGCAAGGUUUAUUUUAUUUUAUUUCUUUCAGUUCAGUUCAGUUCAUUUUUAUUUAUAUUUUCGGUCGGCGCCGGUCAAGAGAUCCGCUUGCUUUCCUGCCGGGGAAGGGAUCAUGGAUGCUAUCCUCAGGUCAGUAGAAGGGGUGGUGGGCGCAUCAUGAAUAAAGAUUUGACACUGUAUGUCAGCCUCUGCCCUCCCAGGAAUCCAGAGUCUUCUCCAGCAGCUGGUCCUACUCGGAGUAGACCCAUUGAAGUUAAUGGGCUCGGCUCGUUUACGCUCAUGAAUUUCCAUACUCUGAGAUGGAUCGUAGCAGGCGGCAACGCUUGGUUUAUUCUGGGUUGUAUCCAGCCCUUACUCAGAGUAGACCCUUUGAGAUUAAUGGGCAAGGCUAGCCCAGGCGCAAUACUUUUGAAUGGGUGUACUCAUGAGUAAAACCUAGCAGGGAUGCAACCCUCUGACUUUUAUCCUGACUUUGAAUUCCACCCCAUUCCAGUCCUCCCAAUUUAGGAGCACAUGAUGCUUGUUUUUCUCUGCGAUGCUCUUUAUUUUCCUUUUUUGAAGGGGGGGGGGCUUUUCUGGGCAGAAUUUCAGCCCUUGGGAAUUGUGUGUCCUGUUACCCAGAGGGGUAAAUGUAAAAUGGAGGUGAAUGGAAAUCUAGAUUAGUUUCUAACGGUUGCUAUGUGCACAUAUAGGACCUUGAGCUCAGUGCCUCUGAGCAUGUUCAGAGUGCCCUUAGAACACUGUCUUCUACCAACUCAAACUGUUUAUUCAGCCUGGUGUUCCGGUAGAGGACUUUCCCAGCAGAUGCUGCCUGAUUUAUUUUAUUUUAUUUUAAAUAAUCUUUAUUAAUUUAAAUUACAUACAUAUACAAAGAAUUUACAAUCUCAUACUACAAAAAAAUUAAAGAAAAAACAAUUAAGAAAAGAAGAAAGAAGAAAAAGCAGAUUUAUGUGCAUAAAAAACCUUAAUCUUCCUAAUUAAUACUGAAAUGAACACUUAAAUAAAAAAGACUUCUGACAAAACGAGUCUUCCAGUAAUUCUCAUUGUACUGUUUAUACUGUCGUUGCUUUUUUCACACAGUUUUAUAUUGCUGCCUGAUUUAUUUUAACUGGAGAUGCUGGGGGACCUUCUGUUUCUGUGAGCCAUUAAACAUUUCAGAUUUGGCCAUGAGAGAUGCAAGGGCUCUGUGUCAGAACAUUGUGAGUUAUAGGUACCUUUAUUAUCCAUGAAAAACUUUCAAGAAAAACAAAUUAAAAUAAUGAUAAUAACAUUUGCCUGCAUCUCAGCAUCCUGACCUAAGGUGGGUCCCCUCAGCAGGCACACUUAUAUUAUCGGAUUAAAAAGUGAGUCCCCAAAAUCAUGUUUGGCUAAAGAUUUAGCUUUGAUCUGAAAAGCUGGAGGACUGUUGCAAAGUACCGGUAUAUAAAAUGUUAAAAUUGGGGCUUAGAGGUCUGAAAUAAAGGAUGUCAGUUUUGCAGUUGGGGUGGUAGAUAUUGUUGCUUUAGUGUUAUGGGGAGAGGGGAGGAGUGGUCUUACUGCUGGGGUGUGUAUGUCUUUGUAUGGAGCAGACUUGAUAUUUUUUUAAGGAUGCUGAGCUCUCUGAAGCUCAAGAGCUAUGGGGUUGUUAAUCUUCAUUGUGGGGCCAACUGUUUGCUUCUUUCUCCUCAACCUUUUGAAGUAUGAUAUGUUCUGAAAAUAGUUUUACUCUGAUUUUUACGGGGGCGGGGAAGCAGAAGUAUUAUAUGCCAUGCUAUUCAGUUUUAACCCAGACAAGAAAUAAAUAACACCACGGGUCGGGUCCGUACUGGUUUGUUUAUCUCAGCCUUGAAGCUAAUCCCUAUUUUGGUGCAAGAUCUGGUAUUCUGCGAAUCUUCUCAUUUCUUUAUUUUAAAGGGGCAUGCAUUUAUAAGACUUUAGUCCUCGUUGCUAUAGAGAGAAGCUUGACAGACCUAAUCCGCACUCCUGUGCAAGAUUCAGUAUUCUGAGAAUUUCAGUACCGUGGUACCUUGGGGUACAGAUGCUUCAGGUUACAGACUCCUCUAACCCAGAAAUAGUACCUCAGGUUAAGAACUUUGCUUCAGGAUGAGAACAGAAAUCGCUCAGUGGUGGGAGGCCCCAUUAGCUAAAGUGGGAGCUCAGGUUAAGAACAGUUUCAGGUUAAGAACAGACCUCCAGAAUGAAUUAAGUUCCUAACCCGAGGUACCACUGUAUGUAUUUAUUUAUAAGAGGGCUUACAUUUCUAACGUUCAAGUCCUCAUUGUUACAGGGGGUGGGGAAAGCUUGUGAAACAUGGGCAGUGUUUGGCUGUUGGAAAAUGUUUCAUUUUCCUUUGAAUUAUGUAUCACUAUAUACAAACAUGCAUUAUAUUGGUCUCCUCCCAGCUUUAUUAAGUCAUCCUCUUCCUGUUAUGCUCUGAAAAUACCCCUGGCAAAUAAAUGCCUCAUCUUUGCAGAUGUCUCCCCCCCCCCACCCCCCCAGUGUGGCCUGUAGAGGUUUUUGUUUCAUGUGUUGUUGUUUUCUAUCCUAAGUGCAAGUUUGCCUGGCAUUGUAAGUGCUUGGCAAGUCAGAUUUGUAAUAACAAAGCACUUAGUGUAGGGCUACUGCGUUAUCAAGGGGAAUGAUAAUUUGCUCUCUUAGCUAGCAGAGUAAUAUUUCUGCCUCUGUGACCUGUAGAUGGACAGGGCUGGCUGGUAAGCUAGCUUUGCUCCUGGGGUCUGUUGUGUGUAUGUGUGUGGGGGGGAGGUAAGCUGGAUUCACCCCCUCUGAAGGUCGAAGAGAAAAAUGCAGGAAUGUGGCAUAAGAUUCCAGAAAUGGAAUGGGAGGUCAGCAGCCAUGGACUCAUGAUGUCACAGCUACGACGUCACCAGCACUGGCCUUUAGCUCCAUGCGCUGCCAGAACAAAACAUAUCUCCCUGCGGGGGGGGGGGGGGCAGGACAAGGAAAGUAUUUGCUUGCUGUGUCAAGAACUCCUGUUUCUCAGCAACUGUUGUUGGCAAUCUUGCCUGUGCUGGGAAACGGGAACUGAACUGAGAACAGGCACUGUCUGGACUGAUUUUAUUGAUGGCUGUGGACUCUGCUUGGAAACGAUCUGGUCUGUUUUUUUACUUAAAAAAUCUCAAGUGACCCGAAACAGCAUUACAUUCUGCUUGUUACUCAGUGUUCGGCACAAAAGCUACUGUCAGGAGGGAACAUCUGAGUCUACACUAGUCUGUCCCACCGCCCCCCCCCCCCCAUCAUUUGGACGGCAUGCUCCAAAGCAGAGCUAUUUUCAAUUUUCAUUGUGCAGUGUCUUUUCAGUUUCAUUGGCUGCCUUUGGAUGUUUUGUCGGCAUUGGAAAGGCGAGCUGUAACAUUUUUAAGAUAAAUAAUAUUCUGAGUUAGGAACAUAGGAAGCUGCCUUACCAUUGUUCCACCUACGUCUAGUGUUGUUCCACCUGAGUUCAGUGAUGGACAUGUUUGGGGAGCAUGUGGGAAGUCCUAAAUUCAGUCCUUAUCAAAGGGGUGAGGAACCAGUGGUCCUCUAGCUGUUUUCAGUUUGCUCUAACCAUCUCUAACCAUUGGCUGGUGGGAGCUGGAAGCCCAACUACGCCUAGAGGGCCACAGGUUCCCCAUCCUGGAACUAGACUGCCACUUUCCUUUACUGAAAAUGUGAUAGAAAAUGUGGAAAAUAAAAUCAUUGUUUUGUUGACAGGUGACAGGGAAAAAAUCCUCUCUGUCUGAGAUUCUGGAAAUUUGCUGCCAGUCAGAACAGGCAAAUCCAGGGUAGAUAGAUCAGUGGUCAUGCUUAGUUGGCAUCCACAUUUAAAAACACAUUUAAUGCACAUUGAAAGCACAUGGCAUCCCUCAAAAUAAUCCUGGGAACUGUAGUUUGCUAAGGGUGCUGGGAAUUGUAGUUCCAUAGAAGUAAGCUACUGUUCCCAAGAACGGUUCCCCCAAAGAAUCCUGGCCACCUUUGUUUGUUAAAGGCUCUCAGAAUUGUAGCUUCGUGUGUGGGGGGGGGGGUAAAGUAGUUUCCAAAGAAUCCUGGGAACCACAACUAAAAGGGCUGGGAAUUGCAGCUCUGUGUGGGAGUAAACGACAGUUCCCAGGAUUCUUCUUUGUUGGGGGAGUAUCAUGUGCCUUAAAUGUGUCAUUUCAGGUGAUGUGAUGUGAGCAGGAACUGCUAACUCUCACCCCACCUCUCACCCUGCACUAAUGUAUUUCAAAUACAGCUGGAGUCUCCUGGGGCGGCAUCAAAUGUGUGUUUGUCCCGUCCCCGUCCCCCCCCGGCCGCUCACCCCCGCCAAGUCAUCCCUGGCUCAGCUUAUGCGUCUGUAACUCAAAACAAGCAACAGUCAUAAAUGCUUCUGGCAUGCCAAAGCUCAUCUUGUAAACAUGUCUGGGGCAGGGAGAGUGUCAGUGUCAGUGAAGCCUCUUCUCUAUUUCCUCUACUGAGCCCCCACCCCACCCCGCCCCAGCACUCAGCACCCCCACCCCCCAUGCUUAUAUUUCCUUCCCUUCCUAGGAAGUUGAAUGUGUGGUUUGUGGUGGCUGCAUCUUGGCCAAAAGGACUCAACAGAUAAUACUUUUUUAUUUUUUUUAAAAAAGCAAGAACCACAGCCUGCAUUUCUGGGAAUUUUUGCACCCAGCUUAGCAACAGAUGAGGAAAUGGCACAUACGCUCUGAGGGGCUGGCAUGCAAAAGUGGUGAAGACUGACAAAUGGCACCCGAGGGUCCUGCAAGCUGCAUUAUUUCGGGCGGGGUGGGAUGUUGCUUCACACACACACAUCCCACUCUUUCCCAGAAGGUUCUGGUGCCUCCUAGUCCUUUAUCAGGUGUAUUGUGGUUAGAAAGUCAGCACCUGGCACCGUCAGGAUUUACAUGGAGAUGCUGUACUGGGAAGAAACCUCACCUGCUGAAUCUCUGCCACUUGUGUAGCUCUCUUGGGAAAGGGUGCAAGAUGGCUAAUCUUUUUGAGACAUGGUACCUUUAUUAUUACCUUUCAGAAUUAAGCAUUGGAAACUUGCAGAGAGGCGUAACUAUUAUUGCAUCCAUCCCAUCCCAUUCCAACUGAUAGGGAGACCUCCUUCCAAUAAUUAUGGUGGGGUGGAGGUGGAAGUUUGAAUUUGGGUGUGCUAGGCAACCAGUGACUUCCCUUUACUACUCAUGGGUCCAGAAAAAAUAGGACAUCUCUCGACAACUGCCACGAUCCUGGUGAUAUUUUUAUUAGCAUUAAUUUCCGGCUAAUGAUCAGGUGGCGAAACCAGCCUCCCAAACUUCUUGGUAUUAUUUUGCACUCUCUUUUUGUGGUUAAGUUUCUAGUCCUUAGGAUUGUGUUCCUUCUCAUAAGGACAGCAAACUUGCUUUUCAGGAAAGACGAAAAGAUGAUCCAGGUGCUAAAUUCUUUGUUUAUAAACCCCUAGCUAGUUUCAGCCUGUUUGGGGGCAAAACUGAAAACCAUCGCAUUUCUAUCUGUCUUGAGACCUUACAGAUACAUAAGUUUAACUUGUCCUCUCUGCUUCUCCUUGGUGGCAGGUUGUAG